UUAAGUUGUUGGCUAGUUUAGUAAAAGGCACACAGGUUUUCUCAAAUCCUGGAUUGAGGCCGGUGACAUGAUGCACGCCGAGGAGAGGCUGUUGGAUUUGGUUGGCGCCAUGGAAGAUCUCAAGGCCAUGAGAAAUCGCGUUCUGAGGGAGAUUGAAUUGCAGGAGGAGAAAGGCAAACAACGCACUCAAAAAGUGCAAGCAUGGCUUGACAAGGUCGUGGACAAGGAUCAAUGUACAAAUCAGUUGGUGAUUGAUUUUAGCAGAUGUUGUGUCACCGGAUGUUGCUCCAUAAAUAUUUAUUCAAGAUUAAAUGCCAGCAGAAAAGCAACAAAAUUAAAGAAAGAAAUAGAUGAAUUGAUGAAAGAAAAAAAUCAAGUAAGUGUUCUGGCAAAGAGGGGACCUUCUAAUCCGAUCAUAGAUAUGCCAACCUCAACCACAAAUGUUGGCAUAAUGAUUGGAUCCAAUUUGGGUAUUGUCCGUGAUUGCCUUGCAGAUAAAACAUUUGUGAUAAUUGGGAUUUAUGGUAUGGGAGGAGUUGGUAAAACCACUCUCUUGAAAGAAAUCAAAAGGUCCAUAGGUGAAUGGAAUAUGGGUUUCGAUUAUGUCAUUUAUGUUAGAGCUUCACAUGAACAUCAUGUUGAAGAUUUUCGUGACUGUAUAGCUGAACAGUUGUCGUUGUGCGAGCCAAGCAUAGAAACUAUUUUCAAGUUCUUAAAAUAUAAAAACUUGUUAUUGUUGCUAGAUGAUUUAUGGGAGGAAUUGGACAUCACAAUUCUUGGAAUUCCUGACCCACAUGAUAACAGUGUUAUAACAAAUUUAUACAAGCACAAAGUUGUUUUUACCACCCGAUCAAAACAAGUAUGUGAUUCCAUGAGAGCUGACAAAAAGAUCAAAUUGAAAUGCUUAGACCAAGAUGAAGGAUGGCAACUUUUCAAGGAAAAUAUAGUGAUGAAUUUGGAAGAUGCCCCUUCUAUAGAGGAAGUAGCAAGAGAAGUAGCCAAUCUAUGUGGUGGCUUGCCGCUAGCUCUUAUAAUGGUUGGGCGUGCUAUGUCAAAUCAGACAUGGUUAGCAAAGUGGAAUCUUAUGCUCGAUCAGUUGCAGGGUAGGCUUUUCUCAAGUUUAUGUGAAUCAAUGCUAUUAUAUUUGAGAAGCAGCUAUGAUAGUCUAGCCCAUGAAACCCUUCAACAAUGUUUCUUAUGCUUUUGCUUGUGGCCUAAAAGAAAACUCAUCUUAAUUGAAGAUCUAAUCAAAUGUUGGUUGGGAUUUGGACUAAUAUACUACUUUGAUUCCAUAUCAGAAGCUUACAUGCAUGGGUGUUAUAUCAUUAAAGUCCUGGAGGAAGCAAGUUUGGUAAUAACUCAUGAUAAUAGAACAGUAGUUGAGGUACAUGAAGUAAUACAUGACAUGGCUCAAUGGAUAGCCUCAAGAGCUGAGGGCGACCAUAAGGCAUGGUUUGUUAAACAAAACAUUAUCUUUGAACAGUUGUCAUCAGAGGAGAUGGAGACAUGGAUUCAGCUGGAACGAGUGUCAAUAAUCAAUUGUGAUAUGAAUUCUUUGCCUGAGUUACAGUGUCAGUGCCCGAGCCUCUUAAGUUUAAGCAUUCAACAUAAUCAAAGGCUAGAAAAAUCUACCGAAGAUCUUUCUUAG